CCGAUAUAGUAACACAGCGGACAGGCUCGGCUCAUCGGCGUGGCAAUGACAGAUACGGUGUAAACAUUGUCCGAGUCGGUCUGAAAGUGUUGGUAAAUUCUAACUAAAUCUUCUACAAAAGUCAGCUUCAAUACACAGUGGUGCAGUUCACCUUUCGCCUCGCAUGAGGUGUAUUCCGUUUCAUACUAUGACCCGGCAGACGGUAGUUUAUUGCCGACUGCCUUCCUCUACUUCCUGAAACCCCCGUAUCGAUGAAUGGAUUAGCCCGAAAAUUGGAAAGCGUGCCGUUGUAUGCUAGCUGUAGCGAUAGGCAGAGUGGCCGACUCUCGGUGGUAGGACGGCCAUACCGAACUGUGUGUACUAGACUUUAGCAAAUCGAGUGACGCUGUCAGCUGAUUAGCAAAUACUGAACCCAAGGAACAGAGACAAUGGUGCAGAUAUAGUGUGUGGGGUAGUGACAGUCGAGUUGGAGGCACUGUCAAUGUGAAGUCCGGAGUAGGUUUGACAGGGGCGCUGUUUGCGGAGUAGUACUAUGUGUUACUGGUUUUACCCUAAGUUGUGAUCGGGGGAUUCUAUAUACAUAUAUCUCAACGGGACCAGCAUCGUCUCAUAAAAACCUCACAGUGCAGGCGGUGGAUAGCAUGGGGGAUUUGUCAUCCCCUAAAAGGCGGGAAGUUUUUGAUCGUCUGCGAAGGAGAUACGAAUUUUAUCGCCGCCAUCAAAACGGGUCAUUGAGGAGAUUCGAAAACACAAUAAACGGUUUGUACGAACAACAACGCCAAGACACGGUUCUACUACAUCAAAGAUGGCUGGAGAGCAGGGCUAAGAAAGUCUCCAAACAGUCCAAGGCGAACAAGGAGUCCAACACCGGACACGGGACUGACCCCCGUAACCUCGUAGUAACGCAACGUCUGAAAAAGAAGAUCGACAGCAGCCAGACAGAGAACCCUCCCCUGGACACGAGCGCCUUCGACUUCGACGACAGCGAUACAACAACAACAAAAAAGACCGUAAACGCGGGAUCGCAGGGCUUAGACGUCUCUGUACAUAUCGUCCAGCAGAUCAGUGGAAAUUCACACCCAGACCAAAAAAUCCAAACAAAUGUGAACGUUAGCACCACAGUCAAAACACACUAUUCGUCCGGCGCUCCUCCCGAGCAGGGUACAGCUCAAUCAUCAACGAACGUUGAAACUAGCACGAGCUUCGAGUGUAAACAAGAACCGGGCGGCGAGGAUAUCCAAUGUGGCGGUUCCAAUCAGUCGGACUCCAGUCAUAAUUCGUCGGAUAUUCUUAACCAAGCCGAGUUAGAUGACAUUCUGAACACAAUCGAUAACGGUGAUAGUGAGAUUAGUGACGAAUUGAUCGAGGAAUUGAAAAAGUUUGAUCAAAUUUAUUCCAAAGUGUUACAAGAAGACAGUAAUGAUAGCCAGGACAAAAUGUUUAACAUGACUAGCACUUCUCCGGUGCUACAAAAAGGCUCUGGACCCUAUCCUGACGCGACCCCUGCCGGGUAUGACACUAAUCAAAACUUGAAUCCAGUAAGAACUCCUCCAAUGCCACAAAACUUUCGGUCACCCCUAAGUGAGACUGGGCCUGCUGCCGAGACUCUCAAACAAAUGGCGGCCCAGCACCAGAGUCUGCAACAAGACGUUUACGGCAUGAAAACAAUGGACGACACGUUUCCGCAGACCAACACCAAUUACCGCCAAAAUGGCUACCCGCCAAAUAUGAAUCACCAACAGCAUUUCCUGUCACAGCAGGCUGGUUAUAUAGGCCAGCAACACGGCAUGAACAAUAUUCGUGGACAGGUACCGUACGGUCAGGGUAAGACUGAUAUGAGUUUGACGUAUGGGGGAACGAAACCCCUUUCACAUUUCUCCACACCACAGGGAUCAUCACAACCCCCAACACCUUCAUCACUACAACAACUGCAGAAUCAGGUGCAGGCACAUUUUGAUCAGGGCACACAAAUGGAAAUUACACAAACACAACACAUGCAGGUCUCGGACGGACCUCAUCGCAUGCAAAUGUCCCAAACACAACAACUACAGAUGCGACAGCCGCACCAGAUCGCAAUGUCACAACACCAGUCAUUCUCUAUGCCUGGUGGCAACAUAACGCCAAAUCAGUCACAGUACAUGAACGAACAAAUGAACAUGGAAAUGGUUGAAAAAAUGAGAAAGCAGCAGCAGCAGCAGCAACAACAACAACAACAGCAGCAGCAACAACACACAUCACAGUCUCAACACCCCAAUCAACAACAGCAACCACAGCCACACUCUUCACAACCUACCCAUCCUCAACAGCAACAUGCUCAACAACAACGCUCACAACAGCAACAACAACAUACUCAACAACAGCAAACGAUGAUGGACCGACAACAAGCUGCUCAGAUGCAGCAAUAUAUGAGCCGGCCCCCGCCGGAGUACAAGAUGCAACAGUCGAAUCAAAGUGCGCCCGAGGGAUAUACGCCAAACGGUGUAGGCUCAAAUCCACUACAGACAAUGCAAAAUAUGGUGAACCAAACGAAUACCAUGCAAACAGCAGGGUAUGGACAAAUCAAAUCCGAGAGUAUGCAAGCUGCAGGGUAUGGACAAAUCAAAAGUGAAAGUAGUUCGGUUCAAAUGCAUAAUGGAAUGAUGCAAGGUGCACAAAUGUCAACAUUACAGAGAAUGAACUCUGCCGGUCCGGCGGUGGGAAUGCCUGGCCCUGUUAGUGCGAGUCCGGUGCCGGGCGCGUCUGCGCCGUACACCGGUCAACCGCCUGUUCAGCGUCAACAGUCAUACCCGGGAACGCAGAUCAGUGCUCAGGAGACGCGACAACAGCGACCUGGAGGAACGACGUAUACCAGUGCAAUAAUGCGAAAUCAGAGACCGCCGAACGUGAACGUAGGUCCAGAUGGUCUCAAUAUUUCUCAGCCUCGCUCUCAGCACGAAUGGCCGCGACAAAUGGUACCCGGUCCCCAAGGACCACGGUACGCGGCACCACCCCACCAGGGUGGACCGGGCUCAAUGAGUCGACCUCAGAUGUCUGCCGCAGGUAUGAUGCAAUACGGCUCUUAUUCAAAUCAGUGCGGUACAAUGAACUCAGUCGCCGGGAUGCAAAUGCAGAGGCAAACGCGGCCGAUGCAAAUGAGUGCGAUGCAGUCUCAGCAGGCUGCGAUGAUGCAAGGUAAUACACAGCAGAUGAUGAUGCAACAACAGAAUAUGCAAAUUUCUCAACGGAUGAACAUUCGAGGGCCUAUUCCUGGCGCUUCCGGAACAAUGGCGCCAUCUAUGGACGCUAAUGCUACUGGUUAUAACGCGACACCUAGCGGUACGCACGGCCACCAGGAGGAUUUUAUAAAUUUAUUAGAUAGUGCACAAACUGGUAACUCUGACUUUAUCGAUGGGAUAACGGUACAGAGUUCAGAUGGCAAUAAUGACGCCAAUUGGCUGGACGAAAUUCUCGGCGCAAAGUGAACAUUUAUUGGAGUUUGUGCUGCUAGAAUAUCAUUUACGUAAUUUGAGAUAUGUUAAAUCAGGGCAAACGUGUGAUGUUUUGUUGUCAUCGAAUACACGUUUUCCCGGACGUACGCGGGAACCCAGCUUACACGUGGAUGGUUACAAUAUGGCGUAAAUUUUAUGCUGAAUGUGUAUUCGAUUGAUUACAUGCGACAGCUAACUACCUCGACGGGAGAUGUUUAGACAUUUAUGUGGAACAAGUCAUUUCAAGGUUAUAGUGUAUUUUUUAGUGUGACUUGAGUGUCGCAAUAGCGCACAAAAGUAUCUUGGGCGAAGCAUACUCCAUAUCCGCACUCGAUAUGAAUGCUGCGAUGUACUGAAUAGUAACUGUAUGUCGAGAUCUCGUAAAAUUAUUUUUAAUAAGAAUUGUACAUGGUAUGUUUAAUAUCCUCCAGAUCACCCUCAUUGUACAUAGUUUUAUAAGACUAUUCCCCGCCUAGGUCUGUAGCCCCGUGUAAUAGUUUUAUAAGACUAUUCCACGCCUAGGCCUGUAGCCCCGUGUAAUAGUUUUAUAAGAUUAUUUCCCCGCCUAGGUCUGUAGCCCCGUUUAAUAGUUUUAUAAGACUAUUCCACGCCUAGGUCUGUAGCCCCGUGUAAUAGUUUUAUAAGACUAUUCCCCGCCCAGGUCUGUAGCCCCGUUUAAUAGUUUUAUAAGACUAUUCCACGUCUAGGUUUGUAGCCCCGUGUAAUAGUUUUACACAACUAUUGCCAGCCAAGGUAUAUGGCCCCGGUAAUAGUUUUAUAAGACUAUUCCCCGCCUAGGUCUGUAGCCCCAUGUAAUAGUUUUAUAAGACUAUUCCCCGCCUAGUUCUGUAGCCCCGUGUAAUACAGUGUUGGGAUGAGAACGUUUGUUCUAGUAUAGUAUUCAUUUCCAAACACGUGGCUCAAUAGCUACGAACUCUGAGUCAUGGUAGUGAUUAUGUUAAUUUAGUUUUUCAUCACAUGAUAUUUUCAGGUACAUUUAACUCUUUAUACCAGUAUCAUUUUCACUCUUUAUCGUUAAACCUUCACGUUUACUCUCGCUCAACAUUUCCUACUCUGUAUUUACAUUCUAAGUAUUUUCUUCAUAAAACACUAUCUUUUCAGAUUCCUUUAACAUUAUGAUUUUCUCCGUCUUGAAAUUGUCUCUUUUCUUUCAAAUUUCAAACAUCAUGAAGGUAUCAAUACCAUGCUCCAUUCUAAAUAUAGAAUACACCCAUUUCUUUUCAAUUUGCAAGCUCAACUUCAGUUAUGUGUGUGCAUUUUAUUUAAUUGAUUAUGUUUGAAAACAAAAUAUGGUAUGUUGCCCAAAAGGUAUGGCAGCUUGUAUGGAAUGCUGUUCAAUGUUGAGGCUAUGUAACUUUAUCUGACAAUCUUUAAAUAUGUAUUUUGUUGGCUGUGAUGAAAGUUAACCAUACAUUUGGGUCCGAAGACGUGGGUUGUGGCCGCCGGGAGACAGGCUAUCCUUAUUUAUGUAUUAAGGGGCUGUGACGGUGAUCGUACCACUACGAUCGUCAAACCUUCACGCCUGGCUGAGCACGUCGGGGGUCUUCCGUGACAACAGUGAAUUAUUACUCAGCUUCGAGGUGUUCUUCGAUGUAGGGAUAUACACACAAACAACGGAGCCUCUCGCCCCGUCUCAAGUCAAGUGAUUUCCGACUACAGGCGUGGUGACGUUUCAUCUCUAGACAACUUUAAAAUGUAGCUCUUUUAUUUUUUUAUGUUUCAGUCGUAUUCUCGUAUUUCGUUUGAUUAUAUAUAUUUUAUACAGUCACCGAGUACAGAAGCGUGUCUGGGUUAAACGUCUUUCCUGUGACGACCAUGCGUGUGAUGUAGUAAACAAACGCGUGUGUAAUCAUGACAAUCUAACAAUCAUGUUUCAAUGAUCACAUUGGUUUCGGCGGAAGUGGUUUAUAAUUUAACCGGAAGUAGCAUUGUAGCCAACGAGAAAACAUGCAAAAUGAAGAUGCGUUGGCGGUGUAAUGAAUUCACGUGAUCAGACAUAGACUGGUCAGUUAUAUAAUUAGGUUAAUGUCCUGCUCCACUGGUAAUUGGGGAUGGGGUGUUAAAUUAUCAUUCGCCACAGCCACUUCUUUAAUGAGGUAUUACCUUAUCGUAAUUGGGUCAUGAAUUGGUUCCAGUUUUGUUACCUUUUGUUCUGUUGAUUAAGAAGUGCUAGAAGGUUUAUGUAAAUGAGUCUAGCGCAUGGAGACCUCGCAUCUUCACUGUUAAACGGGCACAAUCAAAGUCAAGACUCGAUUCCAUCGGUAACUACUUUUUGAGUUUGUAUAUCUUGAUGUGAUUGGUUUUAAAUCAAAUGAUGACACGGUUCAUUGAUUUAGAUUUGAUGUGAUAUUUUAAUUAAGCUGUAUCUCCUGACUUCAUUUUAAAUUCUUACCAAUUUGAUGUUGAUUUUUAACAAAUUAAUCAUUAUUAGGGGGGAGGUGUCAUUCUAGAUCGCUUCAUUUGUUAACACCCUUUACCGAAAACAUUUUUAGUUUCGGAAGGUCCGAUUUUUUGUUUAUUUUUUUUUCUGCAAAGUAAUUUGCAGACACAUUUACGUUGUGUUGUCUUUUGUAAAUGUCAUUCAGAAAUCAAAGCAGAAUCUCAACUCGGUCAACUGCAGAAAUAGAUCUUACCUAGUAAAAACUACAGAACAUAGCUGUUCCGACGUCUCCAUGACACGUAAACCUCGGGCUGACAGUAUUACUUAUAUUUAAUAUAUGCUACCUAUAUUUUAUUUCAAGUUUGUAUAUUCGUUUAAGUUUGUUUUCAUUUCACACAGACCUUGUAAUGCUGUAUAUAUACUUUGUGUGAGCUGAUCGUCAUGGAAAGGUGUCUGGUAAAAUUCCUAACUGGGGUAUUCUUAGACAAUGACUACAACCAAUUGUUGAUCUAAAUAAAUGUCCAAACUUUUGUUUAAUCAUAUUACAGAUGUAUGAAUACAAAUGUAUAAUAAAUACAAAUGUAUAUAUAGAUACAAAUGUAUAUAUAGAUACAUAUGUAUGUAUAAAUACAAAUGUAUAUAUAGAUACAAAUGUAUGUAUAAAUACAAAUGUAUAUAUAGAUACAAAUGUAUAUAUAGAUACAUAUGUAUGUAUAAAUACAAAUGUAUGUAUACAAAUGUAUAUAUAGAUACAAAUGUAUAAAUAUAUGCAAUGGAUAUCAGUACUUUAUUCUCAGGUAGAUAUUGUCUUACCUGGCCGGUGUUUCUUUUCUCUUUUACUCUUGUCUUCAUUUCAUAUUUAAUGAUUUCUGUGAGUUUUUAUUUAAUUUGAGUAUUAUCAUUUUAAUUCAUCGAUGAAACGAUAAUUAAGUUGUUAAGGGAUUGUUUUACUGAAAGCCCCUUUUUACCAUGACAGAAGAAAAAUCAUCACUUAUUGUCAGAGUUAUCUACUUUUUUAAAACACCUUCAUUGAAAGUCUCAAAGGUUUUAACUAUUCAAAAUAAGAUUGUUUCUUGUGUUAUUUAAGAUUUUAUCUUAUUUCAUUAUUGAUUUGUUCAUCAUUCACUAUUUGAAAAUGAAAAUGACGUCAUUUCCUCUUAUUACUUCAUACCAUGGGACCAAAUAGUAUCGCCGAUAUGAAAGUAACCUUUUCCCCUGAACAUUCAAAGUUGUCCUCAACUCCCACUGUCUCUCCUUCAUACUGACGUGGAGAUGAACCCGAUAUUUUAUAAUAUGGCGGUAUCUUAUAAUAUUGAGGAGAUGGACUGUUCACAACUACAUUCGUGGUUAACCAUUGCAGCAAAGUACUGCUACAAUCAUCUUGUAUGUCGCCAUCUCCCACAAACUUCGGCUUUCUAAAUCCAUAUUUAUAUUAUAUAACUAUUUCAGAUUUGAAGUCAAUAUAAAUAGUGAUAUAGGUAUCUAAUUUCAUUGGUACUUAGUAGCCUUUGAAUUACAAUUACUAACUCGUUAUUUUUCUUGAGAAAGUGUCCGAACAAUCGAGGGACCACCGUGUGAUACAAGGGAAUGGCGACAUAUCUUGUGAAUAACGGGAGAUAACUCUAAUAAGGGGAGCUAACUCUUUGUCAGUCGUGUGGUGUUCGACAAGGAGAUAGAGUGUCUCCGAUCAGUAUAUUGAAUGUUAAUGACCCAUCACCAUUAAGACAUAUAUACAUAUAUGAUGAAUAUUGUUAUACUUGCUACCAUUUUCACAGAAUUGAACUACUUAAUUUAAAGUUUGUUAUUAUUUCAUUUUAUAUUUUUGCCAGAAUUAACUGAACAAGACGAACUUUCUGUUGUUAACUAUUGUAUUAUAAUACUGAUGUUGCUAUUAAAAUUUGAUGAGAAAAGUUUCUAUUAAAAAUGAAUUUGAAGUUA